AUGUCCGACGCAUUCUCAACACCCGCUGAACAUGCCUUGGUCCACCCUGAACUAGAAAGUAUAGCUGAGUCUGCCAGAGCUGGACCUAGCUCUAUGGGAGAUGGGAACGAAGGGAUAAGUAUAGAAGAGGCCUUUGAGGUUGACGAGACUGUUAAGAGGAUAUUGGAAGGUGGCUAUAAGACUAUCGGUCUCCAAUUCCAAGACGAAUUAUUACCUUCUUCGGUACAGGUCUAUAGAUCGAUACAGAUGAAGAUCCAGCAUACAGGUGCUCAAGCUUAUGUUCUGGCUGAUAGUACUUAUGGAAAUUGUUGCCCAGACGUAUUGAGCUGUCUUCAUCUCCCAGCUGAUUUCUUGGUACAUUACGGACAUGCAUGUCUGACACCGACCGACGCAUUACCUGUAUUCUACGUCUUUCCUCGACGUAAGCUCGACAUAACCCACGCUGCCGAGCAAUUUUCGGAAGUCAGUAAAGAGGAACUAAGUGAGGGAGGGAAGAAGGGUGUGGUUGUAGUCUGGGAUGUAUCGUUCGACUGGUUAGCGGAUGAGAUACAAAAAACCUUUAGCAAAAUAGCACCUCAUCCUAUAAAUUUCGCAACCAUUCAGAAACCACCCACCUCCUCCUCGCCUACUCCUCCUGCGUCAGGAUCAGAUAUCAAAGGAAAAGGUAAAGCUCCUGCUCUCAGAUCUAUCGAACCACCCAAAGGAGUUGAUAUUUCAGAUUGUGUAAUCUGGUAUAUCGGUGAAGAAGGAAGAAGUAGUAUCAACUUACAGAUGAGCUAUGCGGAUAACCCUCUAUACCUCUACUCACCUUCAUCAUCAUCCGUCCUCUCCCUGCAUCGUCAAACGUCCCGACUCCUUCAGCGUCGUCUAUUCGCAUUGCACCAAGCGAUGAGCGCCGACAUCUUCGGACUGAUCGUCUCGAACAUCGGCUUGUCAUCUUCCCAACCAUUACUACAUCAACUUCGUUCGGAUCUCCAAAAAGCCAGAAAGAAAUCGUAUACCCUAUCUGUCGGACGACUGAAUCCUGCGAAACUUGCCAAUUUCGCUGAGAUUGAAUGCUUCGUCUUGGUUGGAUGUAAUGAGGGCGGGUUGGUGGAUAACUCGAAGGAUUUCCUCAGACCGAUUAUUACGCCUUGGGAACUUGAGUUGGCUCUUCAGGGAGAAGGGGGCAGUUGGCAGCCUGAGAAAUGGACAUUGAAUUUGGGCAAGGUACUGGAAGAGGCUCAAGAGCGUAAUUCUGCUGAAACAACCAACACGAACGGUGUACAGAACGGCAACGAGGAUGAAGACGAUAAUGAUGGACCUGAAUUUUCCUUGAUCACUGGAAAGAUGCGUACUAAGAAGACAUUCCAUGGAGCGACAGAUUCAACAGAGAUCCCCUCGGAAGGUAUACAAUCUAUGACACUGCGAAAUCAAAAUUUCACCUUGGCCAAAUUGGAAUCUGCAGGAAGCAAUUUCUUAGCGUCUAGAGAGUUUAGAGGAUUGGAACCUAGGUAUGGGAUGGAUGAACCUACUUUGUUGGAGGAAGGUAGGAGCGGAGUGGCUAGAGGGUAUACUGAGGAGAAACAAUGA